GCUUUCCCAUUGAAGAAACUCAACUUGAAGUUGCACCAUCAUCACUCACUACGCAUCUAUUGUUAAGAGGUCUUAUGUACAACAAGAAAUUCAAAGGUUUGGUAACAGUGUAGCAAAUAGGUGACUUCUUUAGUGUAAAAGAAGUAAGAGAGUGGUUUUAAAGGAGAGUUCAGAAUGCACAUGCUCAUGCUUGCCCUCUCCUUAUUCAUCAAAAUUUAUUUCACUGGUUGGUUCUUUAUAUGUUUUGUCAAUUAGAGUUUCCUAGUUUAGUACCCUUUUCUCUUCUUCUUGUUUCAAUGUACUUUCCUUUUUUGGCUCUGUGUUCUGAUUCACAUUGCACCUUCACAAACCGUGUGCAUAAGAUGCAUUUAAAGUCAAAUGACACCAUUUAUGUUAUUCUUUACUUUACUUUCUUUUCCCAUUGGUGACGUUAAGACCGUGACGUGUGUCCAUAAAUUCUUUUAGACAUACCAAAGCCUAAUAAAUGUAUGUGUACGUCAAAGUUGGACUCAAUGUCCCCUGAGUACAUUAGCAGACCAGGCCCAUUAGGAUUAUCUCCACCGGAGUUUGAUCCAACUGCUUCACUCACAAACGCACAGUGAGAUUCCUGAAGGAGAGAGUGUGCGUGACAAAGGAGUGACAAAAGAUGGACAAUCUUCGAACCAAUCUAUUCGGUUGGUCCUGAGCCUUCAAUCAUUGAGCAUUAUCUUUUGUCGUAUUAAUAAAUGUAAUGUAGAAAGACUUAUAACUUCUUUUUUUAUGGUUAGACCAUGUACUGUAAUGUAAGUUUCCAUCUAUUAGUCAUGAUCGGUAUAACAUGAUGAACAUUACUGUCACAAGUUAAGAGGGUUUGAAUCAUUUUACGCAAUUUGUUUGACCUUUAGCACAGCUAAUGAAGCCGCAAAUCAGCCAAGAAAAAAAAAACAGAUGUGUUGUAGUUGGCAGCUAGGUAAUGAAAGCAGAAAUCAACUUUCGAGCAAGAAGCCACCAACAAAACAUCUGGGUGGGCAUUACGGCCACCCGCGUAUAGAAUAAUUCGGCUGACUAACGUGCCCAUCCGUAUAACUAGCGAGUAGCAUCAACACCAACCAGUUUAAAAAGAGAGCUUAGUGUGUACAGUUAACAGCCAAGAAAAGGAGAACACCAGCUUUUGCUCACAUUCAGACAGGCUACCAACAAGAUAAGUGAUAUUGGUGACAUACUGACCAAUCACAGAAAGAAGCAGCCAUGUAGUGGCUAAUACGUGAUCGGCUAAUUGGUCACCUUAUGGACUCUCAGAUAAAAGUAAUAUAGUCAAAACAUAUAUAGUUAAUGAUCCAUAACCAAAACAGAGUUUAAUCCUGUUUCAGUGUUGAAACGAAUCACAAACGAGAUUGCUAUAGGUGAGCUCACUGACCAUUCACACAAACAAAAGCCAUUAGGCUAACAUGUGAUUGGCUAAUUAGCCACCAUAAAACAGAGUUUAUAAAAAAGCAAAACUACUGAUUUACUCUCACUAAUCCUAAAAAGAAUAAUACAUUACAUUAGCCAUAUAGUGUAUAUCAAACUGUUAGUUAUCUAUAUGGAAUCCAUCGCUACUUUCUUCUGAACUUCAAAACAAGACUGCAACUGAAGAAGAAGAAGAAGUGGCAAACUAGGGUUUCUUCAGAUUAUGUUAAACGGUCUCCCACUUAUUUAACCUGACAUAUCGUAAUGGGCCAACCGGCCCGAUAUGGGCCUGUAUUUUGGGCUUUUUUGAUUUAUUAAACCCUGAAGGAAAUCAAAACCUUCGGAGUCGGUCCAUUUCUCUUCAGUUCAAGCUCCGACACAAAUAAUGGCGACUUUGUUACGUCGGACAGCUUCACGGCUUGUCGGAAGCUGUAUCAAAAAUCGCUUUUCCGUUAAUCCAUUUUAUAACCAGACGACGUGUGCUCCUCAUGGACGCUUGCGACAUCUGACGCCGUCUAUUUCUCGUAACAAUCACUUCACUACAUCUGCCAGAAAGAGAGCUUCCUCAAAUGAUCCUCUUCUCAGAGUGAUCGAAGCUGAGAUUGGAUUCGCCGAGCAAGCCGAUGAUUACAAUCGAGUUGAAGAAACUCCAAGUGGUUUCCCUUUCAAAAUGGAAGACAAACCAGGGACCAAGAUCGUGAGUUUGACUAGAGAUUACCAAGGAGAGAGUGUUGAAGUUGAAGUACACAUGACUAAUCUUGUGACAGGUGAUAAAGGAGACGACGAAGAAGAGGAAGAGAGUGAUGAAGAAGAAGAAGAAGAUGAGGAUAAGCCAGAGAAGCCUAAGCAAUCUAAUGUGCCUCUCUUGGUAACACUUUCCAAGGAGACAGGACCAAGUUUGGAGUUCAGAUGUACUGCUUUUCCGGACAAGAUUGUGAUCAAGGACAUGUGGGUUACGUUUCCUGAUGAUCCUUCCAAGGAUGAGCUUGCCUAUGAAGGCCCUUCCUUCCGGGUUUUGGAUGAAAAGCUGAGAAAGGCUUUCCACAGGUACAUCGAGAUUAGAGGGAUAACGCCUGGCAUGAUCAACUUCUUGCAUGAGUAUAUGAUCAACAAAGAUAGUAAAGAGCACUUACUGUGGUUGAAAACUCUCAAGAACUUUGUUAAGUCUUGAGGAAAACAUAACACUUUUUUUUUUCAGUUUUCAGAUGCUCUCUGUUUUCAAAUUUCGUACUUGAAACACAGUUAUGUUCU